AUGCUGCGUUCCAACGGCGUCUUCUGCCCAAGCCAGCAGCCCAAGUCGCAGCCCAAGCCAGCAGCCCAAGUCGCAGCCAAAGUAUUCUUUUACCUGACGUUGCCACUCACGUACUUAUCGCAACGUCAGAACUACUGGACGCCGGUGGACUCGCAUGUCCUGCUGGGAGCAGCGUCCACAGCUUUUGUGCCUCAUGUUGACGCUCCAGUAGCUUGUGGGGUUGGUGCAGUUGUCAAUCGAUGUGAUGAGUACGCAUGCCCUACGAACCAGUACAAGAGACACCACAUCCAGCAGCUUCAACUGCCGACAGUUGACCACUUUUAG